AUGGUCGUCGGUGCCGGACCUUCAGGUCUGGUGCUCUCGCUCCUGCUGGCCCAAAAAGGCGUCAAGGUCACUAUUCUGGAUGCAGCCUCAGCGUUGGAUGCCCAACCCCGCGCAACACACUACGCUGCACCAACAGUGGAUGAACUGCGUCGUGCCGGGGUGUUGGACGAGAUUCUCUCUCUUGGUUUCGUCCCCAACGGGGUGGCAUGGCGGAAGCUUGACGGCACUUUGCUCGCUGCAAUGACGCCCGAAUCCGUGCCGGAAGGGAAUAGAGUGGUGUGCUUGCCGCUGGAUAAGAUGAGUAAGAUUGUUUAUGCUCGUUUGGAAAAGGAGAAGGGUGUGGAGGUGAAGUGGGGACACAAAGUUAUGGAUAUAGGGCAGGAUGAGGAGAGGGCUUGGGUUAAAGUUGAAACGACAGGAGGACCUGGGACAUUGUACGCUGAUUAUAUUGUUGGUUGUGAUGGAGGCAAUAGCCAGAUCCGACGGUCUCUAUUUGGAAAUAUGGCAUUCCCGGGACGAACGUGGGAUGAGCAGAUCGUUGCCACUAAUACCUACUACGACAUGUCCAAAUUUAACUGGCUAGACUCCAAUUUCAUCGUCGACCCCGAGCACUGGUACAUGGUCGCAAAGAUCCAGACCGACGGCCUCCUUCGAAUCACAUACGGCGAUAUCCCAGGCCUCUCAAGAGAAGAGUAUAUCAAGCGACAGCCAAUGAAGUUCAAGCAGAUUCUGCCUGGACAUCCGGAGCCGAGCGAGUAUAGACUUACAAAUAUCAGUCCGUAUAAAGUGCAUCAACGCUGUGCGGAGAAGUUCCGCGUUGGCAGGUUCUUGCUUGCUGCUGACGCGGCGCAUUUGUGUAAUCCUUUUGGCGGACUCGGUCUCACAGGCGGACUCGUUGACGUUGGAAACCUCUAUGACUGCCUCCUCGGAAUCCACCUCGGCAAAGCGUCUCCAGAGAUUUUGGACAAAUACGACCAAGUACGCCGACAAAAAUACCACGAAGUCAUCGAUGUCGUCUCAAGUCAGAAUCUGCGCCUUCUGCUCGAAGAUCCCGAUACGUCUGAAAAAGUGGACGGCUUUGUAGACCUCUGUCGGAAGGCGAAUGAGGAUAAGGAGCUUUCGAGGAAGAUGCAGUUGUUCUCCAAUGAUAUCAAAUACGAUUUCACUAAGCACUAUGACGAGAGCUCUUCGACAACUACUGAAGUCCAUUCUGAACCUAAGGAUGGAAUGAAAGUUUCCCAUCGCUCUGUUGUGCUUUAA